UCUCGUUCAACAGCUUCAGUCGUUCUUCACUCUUCGGCCACACCGAUUAUCGAUCCGAGGCAGCGAGUUUUCGAGAGACAGAUAGAAGAUAAGUUCGUUUCGUGGAUAUUCGUGUAAUAUAUAUAAUAUAUAUAUAUAUAUAUUCUCGAAUUGCGCACAGUGUGAGAAAAAAUGCGGUAUCUUGAGUGUUUCGUGCCGUUGAUGGUACUAUCGUGCCUCGCAAGUUCGUUCGCGGAACCUGGUGUCCUCUUAGAUCUGGCUAAGGAUCAUCAAAAGCGCGUGGCAAGUUUGCUGGACCCGCUAGGAUUGUUCCACAAGAAGGAUCAAAGCUCGAGCUCGUCGCACUCGUACGGGAACCACCUACAGCUAGGACCACUUUCCUUUUCGAGCAGCUUGGCCAGCUCUUCGGCCACGGCCGAAGGCAACGGUGCUACCUCCGUUGCCAAGGCGAAUUCUCAAGCCUUCGGCCAAGGCUCUGCAAAAGCUGACGCCAGCGCAAUAGCCAACGCUCAAGAUUAUUCAGAUUCUAACAUCGGUCACAACUACUACUACGUGCCGACAGACGUGCAACAAUACGACGUCCCCGGUGGUUCUCAGUCGAUCACGAAUCCGAAUGAUGGUUAUAACGCUGCGAAUACCGUUGCGAGCGCCGCUGCAAAUGCUAAUGCAAACGCGAACUAUAAUGCGAACAGAGGUGCGAACUCGAACGUGAACGCCAACGCGAAUUCGAACGCCGUUUCUUAUACCGGUGCAACGCCGACCAAUUAUUAUUCUCCCGGAUACGAUCUAUCCGAUACCGGUGCCAAUGCAAAUACGAAUCUUAAAAGUAACAGCGCGAACAAUGGCGCGGGAACGCUCGACGGCUAUUACACGGCUCCUGAAAGUUUUCGAGGUAAUGCAGCCGCAGCAGCAAGCGCGGAUGCGAGAGAGAAUUCUAUUAGCGGAGCGGGAUCAUCCGAUAAUUAUUAUGCUCCUGGAGGAGCGUGGAGCGAUGGUGGUGCGAUCGCGGAUGCAAAGACGAAUAUCGUCGAUGGUGUAACGAGUGGCUAUAAACCUGGAAUCAUGAAAAGCAACGUGGGCCCGAUCGACAAUUCGAAAUCGAACGGUGGCGUGGAAUUACCAUAUGGAUAUUAUCCUUCGGGAACUCGAAGCAACGCGGUGACCGGUAGCAAGAUUCCUUAUCGUCCUCACGACGAUGAAGAAACGGUGGUAGUGAUCGUAGAUCCUCCACCGGUCCACAGGCCACCAUUGGACAGGCCGCCAUUCGGUAGGCCACCACCAUUCGGUAAGCCACCACCAUCAUUCGGUAGGCCACCACCAUUCCGUAAGCCGCCAUCACCAUUCGGCAGGCCACCUUUCGAGAGAUAUCCACAACCUGAUCACGGCCCUGAGACAAUCAAAGUGAUCGUGAUCGAAGAGCCGACAUAUCAUAGCCAAGCAGGAGCGAGUAAUGGAAAGGGUCAAUACGGUCAACCGAUCGACUAUCCGGUUGGAGGCUAUCAGAAUGGUUAUGGAGGAGCUAACGCAAACGCCAAUGCUAAUGCCAUCGCUAUUGCAAAUGCAAAUGCCAAAGCAAACGCAGCAGCUAACGCAGGAGCUAAUGCAGGAGCUAAUGCAGGAGCUAAUUCCAUCUCUGGAGCGAACGGCUACCCUGUUCAGGAAUCGGGAUACUAUCCUGGAAAUGCUCCAACCACUUCCAUCGGAACGAACAAUCCUUUCUUGACUGGAUCUCAAGGAACCGGAGGGGCUAACGCAGGCGCUAAUGCAGGAGCCAACGCAGGUGCUCUUGGAAACGCGUAUCCAGGAACAUCAAGGCCAGGAAGUCAGGGUGCGGGUAGUUAUCCAGGUGGCUCGUACACUGCUGGAUCGGGCAAUCCUUUUCUAACUGGUGGACAAGGUCAAGGAAAUGCAGGUGCCAAUGCUGGUGCCAACGCCGCUGCAAAUGCUGCUGCUAAUGCUGGUGUUAUCUCUCAAGGACAAAUCGGAGCACAAAAUCCUUUCCUCAAUCCUGGAUUCCAACCUACUGCAAGUCCUCACGGACUUGAAGAAUACGUAAUUAAUAAUGAAAAAAGUGGAAAACAGAGUGGAGGUAGCCCCAUUCCUACUACUUAUCCUGGCCAAGGAAGCAAACCAGGAAGCUAUGGAAUGAACGUACCCACGAUCGUUGGAUCAGGAGCAAAUGCAGGAGCCAAUGCAGGAGCUAUCGCCAAUGCUAAUGCUGGUGCGAAUGCAGGUGGAUACGGUCAGCCUGUUAAAGAAAGUCCUGUAAUUAUUCCUGCUAAUCCAAGUACAAAUUAUGAGGGCGGAGCUGGAUCAGGUAGCGUAUUCGAAAAUACGGGAAGCGUAUUUGGAAAUUCUGGAUCAGGUAGCAAUGGCUAUGGUGUUCCUACAAAGGGUGUUCCUUAUCAAACUGGAUUAGUUUCUGGUGGAGCAAAUGCUGGAGCGAAUGCAGGAGUAAAUGCUGGAGGAUCUGGUGGCUAUGGUGUACCAACAAAAGGUGCUCCAGUCUUUGGAACGUCUGGACCAGCUUUUGGAACUGGUGGCGCAAAUGCUGGAGCGGAUGCAGGAGCAAAUGCGGGAGGUAGCGGACCUGGUGGUUAUGGUGUACCCACAACAGGAGCUCCAGUCUUUGGAACAUCUGGCCCAGCUUUUGGACCUGGAGGAGCAAAUGCCGGAGCCCCCGCUGGAGCAAAUGCUGGAGCGGAUGCAGGAGCAAAUGCGGGAGGUAGCGGACCUGGUGGUUAUGGUGUACCCACAACAGGAGCUCCAGUCUUUGGAACAUCUGGCCCAGCUUUUGGACCUGGAGGAGCAAAUGCUGGAGCGGAUGCAGGAGCAAAUGCGGGAGGUAGCGGACCUGGUGGUUAUGGUGUACCCACAACAGGAGCUCCAGUCUUUGGAACAUCUGGCCCAGCUUUUGGACCUGGAGGAGCAAAUGCUGGAGCGGAUGCAGGAGCAAAUGCGGGAGGUAGCGGACCUGGUGGUUAUACUGGUGGAGCAAAUGCUGGAAGCAAAGCUACUGCUAUAGCAAAUGCUGGAGCAAAUGCUGGAUCUGGAUCUGGAUCCGAUGGUUUUAAUAUUGGACCAUCUAAAGGUGGAGCAGAUUUUGGAACAUCUGGACCAGGUUUUGGUACUGGCGGAUCAGGAAUUGCUGGUGCAAAUGCCAAAGCUGAUGCUGUUGCAAAUGUUGGAAGCAGUAAUGGUAAUGGUGGUUACGACGGCUUCAUAUUUGGAGAUGCAUCCGCCAGUGCUAGUGCCAAGGCUCAGGCUUCCGCUUCUGCUGGAUCAAAUGGAUCAGGAAGCUCAAACGCGAUUGCAAACGCGAAUUCGAACUCGUUCAGAGGAUUUUCUGGUAGCAAUGCGUCCGCCAAAUCGUCCGCCAAGUCGUCAGGUUUUGGAAAUGGAUCAGCCAAUGCGAAUGCACAAGCAUCCAGCAAAGCGUCUUCGGGAUCCGGCAACAGUUCCGCCUCCAGCUCUGCAUCCGCCAACGUGGAUACGACGGGUUUGCUCGUCUUCAGGGAUUAAUCGUCCAAACAUCCGGAUAUACUCGUUAUUUAAUUAAUUUUGCUCUCUCGAAUUAUUUAAUCGUGGAAAUGUUACGAACGCCAUGGACCGUGCCAUCACUCUAAACUCGAUUUUUAGGAUACCCUACCGAUUAGCUUGUAGGAUCUGAAACACGUCAAUGGAAUUAAGAGUCAAAGAUACAUCGAUUUAAAACGAUUAUCGACGCGAACAUCGAUCGACGCAAGGCAAUUAUCCAUGCUGGAUCUCAUGGCAAUGUAAUAUCGAAAUUCGUAAUUACUUUACAACUCGAUGUGUUGAUAUGUAACUAAUUUUAUUGCGCUUUAUCUUUAAAAAUGAAAAUUAAUAAUUUAUAGUGAAUGAAUAACGAAUGAAAUUUUAUCGGAGUCGAGCAUUCGAAAAAUAAAUUUAUUAUCAUUUGUGAUAAUAUUCUUGCCAAUACACGAAGCGUAGGAAGCAUUCUCCGUUUAAGAAAAUCCUCCGAAAUCCUUUUUUGUCUUUUUUUCCAACGUUAAUAUCGUAUAUUAAACUUAUCUUCGUUAAUUUGUUCACUUUGUCGAAGCGUCAACCCAUUUAAAAAUUUUUUAAAGUGACUUCCAUCGUGUUUUAUCGUAUAAGUGGAUAAUACUCGAUAUAUGAUUAGCGUUUUUUCCGAUUUUAUAAUAGAUAUUUAAGAUUGAACGUUAUCUUAGUUCUAUAAAACGAUGUAGCAUGUAAUUAAAAAACUUUGUACGUAAUUACGUUAAAAUUAUAUUUAACGUAACGAGCGUAGCUAUUUUAAUCUUAAAUCGUGAUAGUAAUACGAACGAGAUAAUGUUUUUUUUUUUCUAUCUUUAUACAUAGCAUCCAAUCAAAUAUCAAAUUUGCGAUAUAGUAUUUUAAUUAUCGACUAAUAAAAAAGGCAUUUUUAUAUUAAUUUAUAAACGAAUACGAAUAAAUACGAAGGCGUAUGAUCUUCGUACGACUUCUAUUCGCAAUAAAUUCAAUUAUACUUAUUUCUCUUUCAAAACAAUUCAAUUCUUCUCCAAACUUUUUCCAUAUAAACAAUAAUUUACGUACGAGUAAUUAGUUGUUGUAAAUGUAAAGAACCGGAUAUCAUGUCGUACAAACACAGUCGAAGAAACGAAGUAAAAAAUCAAA